AUGGAUUUGGCAUGCUUUUUUGGUAUUGCAGGUUCAAACAAUGACAUUAAUGUGUUAAACCAAUCGAACAUGUUUAACGAUAUUUUGGAAGGACAUGCUCCCAAUGUGCAAUAUACAAUCAAUGGGACACCAUAUAAUAUGGGGUAUUAUUUAGGAUAUGGUAUAUAUCCUGAGUGGGCUACAUUUGUCAAGACCAUUUCAAUGCCACAGGGAGAAAAGAAAAAAUUAUUUGCUCAACAUCAAGAAUCAGCUAGAAAAGAUGUGGAGCGAGCAUUUGGAGUGCUUCAAUCUCGAUUUGCAAUUAUACAUGGCGUAACGCGUGCUUGGAACUUGGAGACCCUCAAGCAUACCAUAUAUUCCUGCAUCAUAUUGCAGAACAUGAUUGUGGAAGACGAACGACAUACAUAUGGAGGUAAUUUUGAUUACUCUUAUGAUAUAACAACAACUCAACAACAGUCCUCAUCCGAAUUUUGCAACAAGACUACAAAGAAGAACAAGUAUUCGUGA